GUCAACCAUUUGUUCUAUUUCCCGACCAGACUUUCCGUCACAUCUUCCCGUCAUUGCUAUAACACAUCUAGCACGCUUCGUACAACAUACGCUGUGCUCACUGCCGUCAUACUUGAGACCAAAACAUAUUCUACAGAACUUUUGCACCAACCAUGGCCCCUCACCAGGACGCGCCUUCACCGGCAGGUAGUUUCACAGCCGGCUUCGGCAGCAUCUCCUUCCAGUCGAGCACUUCUUCCAAUCUCAAAGUCAGCAGCAGCCUAGCCCCCGCCAAGUCGCAUUCUCUUCUCAGCAGCUCGUAUGACAGCGCAUCGCUCGGUGUAGGUCUCCAUGAUCCCCGACCACUUGUUCCCGGGGUCUAUGUACCGACCAUGUGCUUCUUCGAGACCGGCACGGAAAACGUGGACAUUGACACCAUCUCUCGCCAUGCUGUGCGACUCGCCCAGGCUGGUGUCACCGGCCUUGCCACGCAGGGGUCAAACGGGGAGGCUGUUCAUCUCACUCACGCCGAACGCCAGCUCGUCACGUCAACGACUCGGCAAGCCCUCAAUGACGCUGGAUUCUCUCACAUGCCCAUCAUCGUCGGUUGCGGAAGCCAGAGUACUCGCGAAACCAUUCAAUAUUGCACCGAAGCCUGGGCUGCUGGCGGAGAUUAUGCCCUCGUUCUCCCUCCGUCUUACUACUCGGGUCUAUUUGCGCCAUCUUCAGAAACCAUCCUCGAAUUCUUCAACGCUGUCGCAGAUUCAUCGCCGAUCCCCAUCAUUAUCUACAACUUCCCCGGAGCGGUUGGAGGCUUGGACCUAUCUUCAGACGUCAUCGUCCAACUGUCUCAACACCCCAACAUUGUCGGCGUCAAGCUGACAUGCGGAAACACGGGCAAGUUGAACCGCGUUGCGGCCUCCACGAGGAAACUGGCGAGGAGUCCCAAUGCUGCGGCUCCUGAAUUCCUUGUCCUGGCUGGCUCCGCAGAUUUCUCAAUUCAGUCUCUCGUGGCCGGAGGACACGGCAUCCUUGCAGGCCUGGCCAACAUUGCCCCCAAGGCCUGCAUUAAAACCAUUGAGCUUUAUCAAGAGGGCAACCACCAAAAAGCUCAAUACCUGCAGGAGAUCGUAUCACAGGGUGAUUGGACUGCCAUCCAAGGGGGCGUUGUUGGCGUGAAGGCUGGUCUUCAAGCAUGGUUGGGUUAUGGAGGCGUCGCCCGGAGUCCCUUGCCAAAGCCAACAACGGACCAAAUGGCGAAGUGGAAAGAGGGUUACCGGGAUCUCAUCGUUCUUGAGAAGUCCCUGUAGGCCUGGUAAAUCAAGACAUGAACUAGAAUCGGGCCAACCUAAACAGACGACGAGGACUGCGUCGGCGCUGCGUAGGAACCCGCAGGUUAAUGGGAUCAUAAGCUCAUGGAGUUAUUACAUGGGUAGUCCCCGGCAAAAAUGGAGGGUAUGGAUAAUGUUACCCGAGAAAAGACUCAUGGCUGUUUUCAACUUCACACCCAGGGGUAUCGUUUAGGACAGAGCUGUCCGAGACAACUUCACUCUAUUCUUCACGCCUUACUCUGACAAAAGUUGCAUCGCUGAAGGCAACUUUUGGCAUAUUUUUAUCUUCAAUAUGAGAAAAAACUCUUC